AUGGCUCACGCAACUGGCACUCUGGUUUUCGUCCUCCUAUUGGUGGCUGGUUCUAUAGCCUCAGCCACCUCCGAGGGGCAGAAAUUGUUUCGUCUCGGCGGGUGGCGCCCAAUCUCCAAUCCACGAGACCACAAAGUGCUAGAAAUCGCUGAGUUCGCGGUGAGGGAACAUAAUAAAUUGGCCAAGACCAACUUGAAAUUGCAAAGCGUGAUCAGUGGAGCUAUUCAGGUUGUCGGGGGCCGAAUUUACAGGCUUGUUGUGUCGGCCGUGGAUGCCACUUCUCCAGCCAACUAUCUCGCUCUCGUUUAUGAGAAGCCUUGGCAACAUCUCAACAUCCUUAUUAGGUUUCAAAAAGUUGCAACUAAAUAG